AUGGCCAAGGUCCCUGAGCUGGAAGACGCCUUCGUGCAGGAGCAGCCUUCGCCUCAACUUCCCUCCGAGAUCGCGGAGGAGUGCUGCGCGCAGCUGCUGGGCAAGGGCUUGCUGGUCUACCCCGAGGACAGUGCGUACCUGGCUGCCGGAGCAGCUGCGGGCGCCCCGGGCAGCGGGGAGAAAGGCGGAGACCCCAGGCUGCAGGUGGGAGUCAAAUCAGAGAUGCAUUUAAGCAAUGGGAACUUUUCCUCGGAAGAAGAGGAUGCGGACACGCACGAGAGCAAGACCAAAGCGGCCGACACUCAGCUCUCUCAGAAGAAGAGCAUCACGCAGAUCAUGAAGGACAAGAAGAAGCAGACUCAGCUGACCCUGCAGUGGCUUGAAGACAAUUACAUAGUGUGUGAAGGAGUUUGUCUCCCACGGUGCAUUCUUUAUGCUCACUAUUUAGAUUUCUGUAGGAAAGAGAAACUGGAACCAGCUUGUGCGGCCACCUUUGGAAAGACAAUUCGCCAAAAGUUCCCUCUCCUGACAACACGAAGACUUGGAACAAGAGGGCAUUCAAAGUAUCAUUACUAUGGGAUUGGCAUCAAAGAGACCAGUGCAUAUUACCACUCCGUUUAUUCUGGAAAGGGCCUGACAAGGUUUUCGGGGAGCAAACUGAAGAAUGAGGGUGGUUUUACUCGAAAAUACUCCCUUAGCUCAAAAACAGGAACACUUCUUCCAGAAUUCCCCAGUGCUCAACAUCUUGUGUACCAAGGAUGCAUUUCUAAGGACAAGGUUGAUACUCUCAUAAUGAUGUACAAAACUCACUGCCAGUGUAUCCUUGACAACGCAAUCAAUGGGAACUUUGAAGAGAUCCAGCAUUUCUUACUGCACUUUUGGCAAGGAAUGCCUGACCAUCUCCUUCCCCUGCUGGAAAAUCCUGUUAUCAUUGACAUUUUCUGUGUUUGUGACUCAAUUCUUUAUAAGGUUCUUACAGAUGUCCUCAUUCCUGCCACAAUGCAAGAAAUGCCUGAAAGCUUGCUAUCAGACAUAAGAAAUUUUGCUAAAAAUUGGGAACAGUGGGUUGUUUCAUCCUUGGAAAACUUGCCAGAAGCCCUAACUGACAAGAAAAUUCCCAUUGUGCGAAGAUUCGUGUCUUCUCUGAAACGACAGACAUCUUUCUUGCAUCUUGCUCAGAUCGCCAGGCCAGCUCUCUUUGACCAGCAUGUGGUGAAUUCCAUGGUAUCUGAUAUUGAAAAGGUUGACUUAAAUAGUAUCGGAUCUCAGGCACUUCUCACCAUCCCCAGCAGUACAGACACGGAGUCUGACAUCUACAGUGAACAUGACUCUAUCACUGUGUUCCAAGAACUGAAGGAUCUCCUUAAGAAGAAUGCUACCGUGGAAGCAUUUAUUGAAUGGCUGGAUACUGUGGUCGAGCAGAGAGUGAUUAAGACAAGCAAACAAAACGGAAGAUCCCUGAAGAAGAGGGCGCAAGACUUUCUGCUGAAGUGGAGCUUUUUUGGUGCCCGAGUAAUGCACAACCUUACCUUGAACAACGCGUCGAGUUUCGGUUCUUUCCAUCUGAUCCGGAUGCUUCUGGAUGAAUACAUCCUCCUGGCCAUGGAGACUCAAUUUAAUAACGACAAAGAGCAGGAACUGCAGAACUUAUUGGACAAGUAUAUGAAGAACUCAGAUGCCAGUAAAGCUGCCUUCAUGGCUUCCCCGAGCUCCUGCUUUCUGGCCAACCGUAAUAAGGGCAGCUCACUUUCCAGUGAUACUGUGAAGAAUGAAAGCCAUGUGGAGACAUCCUACAUCCCUCUGCCUCCCAGCCAGCCUGGAGCAAUACCCCCUGCUCUGCACCCGUUCCCAGCUGAGAAUGCUGAGAACAUGCCACUUACAGGUCAAAUAGAGCUUUCACAGAGUACCGGCCAUCUGAUGACACCACCUAUUUCUCCAGCCAUGGCAAGCCGAGGAAGUGUCAUUAACCAAGGGCCAAUGGCAGGCAGACCCCCAAGUGUGGGCUCAGUUCUCUCAGUUCCAACACACUGCUCAACAUAUCCAGAGCCAAUUUAUCCUUCCCUCUCUCCAGCCAACCAUGACUUUUAUGGGACCAACUCUAACUAUCAGACUGUGUUCAGGGCACAGUCUCACCCUUCAUCAAACCUCUAUACUCACCGUGCAGAGCAUGGAAGAUGCAUGGCCUGGACUGAACAGCAGCUUUCCAGAGACUUCUUCAGUGGCAGUUGUACUGGCUCUCCAUAUAAUUCCAGACCACCUUCCAGCUACGGACCAUCCACACACACACAGGAGUCACAUAGCAUACAGUUUUUGAACACAGGAAGCUUCAAUUUCCUUAGUAAUUCAGGAGCUGGCAGCUGCCAAGGAGCAACAUUGCCUUCUAAUUCUCCUAAUGGAUACUAUGGAAACAAUAUAAACUACUCAGAAGCUCAGAGGCUCGGAUCGAUGGUGAACCAACAUGUUUCCGUCAUCAGUAGUGUUCGCUCACUGCCUCCCUACAGUGACAUCCAUGAUCCACUUAACAUUUUAGAUGACAGUGACCGGAAACAGAGCAACUCGUUUUAUCCAGACACAUCCUCUCCAGUUGCAUGUCGGACUCCUGUAGUAGCUUCCAACUUGCAAACCCAGAUUCCCUCAUCUUCAUCCCAGUGUAUGUAUGGAACUUCUAAUCAGUACCCAGUGCAAGAAACUCUGGACUCCAAUGGAGCAAGCAAUAGAGACAUGGUGUCUUCUUUACCACCCAUCAACACUGUGUUUAUGGGGACAGCAGCUGGAGGCACCUAA